UAAGAAGGAGGCCGAAAGUCUCCAGUUGGAAGAAGGCGAAAAGCUUAUCAAUCUCAAUUUGAUUGAUCUAGGGUUUUCAGAAUCAGAUGAAAUGCUCUGAUUCCUAAAGUCUCAAACUUUUGACUUAAAGUUAUGAGUUGCUGAAGAAAAGUUUCGAGCUUUACCAUCAUCAUGAGCGUUAGAUGGCCAAGAGUGUUGACGCCAACGCUCCUUUCUCAAAUCCUAAAGAAGCAGAAGAGUCCCGUAACAGCGCUCCGUCUCUUCGACCAAGCCAAAGAGAGGUUCCCGAGCUACAACGGCCACAACGGCUCCGUGUACGCCACCAUGAUCAACAUCCUCGGCAAGUCCAAUCGUAUACCGGAGAUGACACACGUCAUAGAGAAGAUGAAGGAAGACUCUUGCGAGUGUAAAGACGCGGUUUUCGCAUCGGUUAUCAGAACCUUCUCCAGAGCUGGGAGGCUGGAGGAAGCCGUCGCUCUCUUCAAGAGCCUGAACGAGUUCAACUGCGUGGACUGGACACUUUCUUUCGACACCCUCUUGCAGGAGAUGGUUAGAGAGUCUGAGUAUGAAGCCGCUUGUGAGAUAUUCAGAAAGUAUUGUUAUGGAUGGGAGGUGAGUUCUAGGAUAAGGUCUUUGAAUCUGCUUAUGAAGGUUCUCUGCAAGGUCAACCGCUCUGACCUGGCGUCUCAUGUUUUUCAAGAGAUGAACUACCAGGGGUGUUAUCCGGACAGAGACAGCUACAGGAUUCUGAUGAGAGGGUUUUGUCUCGAAGGGAAGCUUCACGAAGCGACGCAUCUGUUGUAUUCCAUGUUCUGGAGGAUCUCUCAGAAAGGCUCAGGCGAGGACGUUGUGGUUUAUAGGAUGUUGUUGGAUGCGUUGUGCGAUGCCGGGGAGGUUGAUGAGGCUGUUGAGAUUCUCGGUAAGAUCUUGAGGAAAGGACUAAAGGCUCCUAAAAGAUGUUACCAUCGUAUUGAAGCUGGCCAUUGGGAAGGUAUCAGUGAAAGUAGAGAACGUGUGAAACGUUUGUUAACCGAGACUUUGAUCAGAGGCGCUAUCCCCAGUCUGGAGAGCUAUACCGCCAUGGCUACCGAUCUUUUCGAGGAAGGUAAGCUUGUUGAAGGUGAAGAAGUGGUUAUUGCGAUGCGGAGGAAAGGCUUUGAGCCAACUCCUUUUAUCUAUAGCGCCAAGGUGAAAGCACUGUGCAAAGCAAGGAAGGUUGAAGAAGCGGUUUCUGUUAUCAACAAGGAGAUGGUGGAAGGUCGUUGCCUUCCAACGGUUGAUGUGUAUAACGUUCUUAUAAAAGGCUUAUGCAACGAAAAGAAAUCAGUAGAGGCUGUUGGAUAUCUGAAAGAAAUGUCUAGGCAUGUUUCUUGCGUAGCUAAUGAAGAAACGUAUCAAAGUCUAGUGGAUGGUUUGUGUGGGGAUGGUAGAUUUGUGGAAGCGAGUCAGGUCAUGGAAGAGAUGUUGAUUAAAUCAUUCUUCCCUGGUGUUGAAACUUACAGUGUGUUGAUCAAUGGUCUUUGUGCUAUGAACCGGCGGUAUGAAGCUGUGAUGUGGUUGGAAGAAAUGGUUAGUCAGGAUAUGGUGCCUGAAUCUUCUGUGUGGAAUGCUUUAGCUGAGUCUGUCUGCUCUGGUGACGUUGAUGUUAAUGAGAUACUUGACCAUCUAGUUAGUAGCAAAUGUUAAAUCAUACUUCCUCAAUUUAUAUUAAGUGUUAUUGUACUGGAAAAUUUACGUUACAAAAUAAAGAUAUUAAGAUUUCAGUGUAA